CUCGCAAACGGCAAACGCCCACAACUGACAACACUAGGGUUUUUGUAUGUGUAUAUAAAUAAAUAAAUUUUAUACUGUAAAAAAAAAAAAAACAGGGCACCAAAAUAUUCGAAAAAAAGGGGUUUACUCAAUUUCCAUUAAUUUUCCAAUUCAUUGGAGGGUUUUUCCGGGUUUUUGUUCUUGAUUAAACUGCUGCAAAGAUUUCGUAUUAUGACACUGAAUUCCUUCACCAUUAAAGCUCAUUUUGUUUUCCCUUAAAAAAACCAAGAUGAUUUCUGAAAAACCAAUUUGGGUUCGUCAUGAAGGCAUGCAAAUCUUUUCGAUUGAUAUACAACCAGGUGGUCUUCGAUUUGCUACUGGUGGUGGUGAUCAUAAGGUAAGGAUUUGGAACAUGAAAUAUGUGGACAAGGUCUUGAACUUGGAUCCAGAUAAGCCAAAGUUAGAACUUCUUGCUACACUUCGUGAUCAUUUUGGGUCAGUCAAUUGUGUUAGAUGGGCAAAACAUGGUCGGUAUAUUGCUUCGGGUUCAGAUGAUCAGGUUAUUCAAAUUCACGAGAGGAAGCCUGGUUCUGGAACAACUGAGUUUGGUAGCGGUGAGGCACCUGAUGUUGAAAAUUGGAAAAUUGCCUUUACUCUGAGAGGCCAUACCGCUGAUGUGGUGGAUCUUAAUUGGUCCCCAGAUGAUACGACUUUGGCCAGUGGAAGUUUAGAUAACACGAUUCAUAUAUGGGACGUUGGUAACGGUAUUUGCACGGCUGUUUUAAGGGGUCAUUCGAGUCUUGUAAAAGGGGUAACGUGGGAUCCAAUUGGUUCUUUUAUAGCAAGUCAAUCAGAUGACAAAACUGUAAUUUUUUGGCGAACAUCUGACUGGAGCCUUGCACACAGGACAGAUGGACACUGGGCAAAAUCGAUUGGAUCAACCUUUUUCAGAAGGCUCGGGUGGUCACCAUGUGGUCAUUUCAUAACAACGACCCAUGGUUUUCAAAAGCCUAGGCAUUCGGCACCUGUUCUAGAGAGGGGAGAAUGGACUGCUACCUUUGACUUUUUAGGGCACAACGCCCCUAUAAUAGUUGUGAAGUUUAACCAUUCCAUGUUUAAAAGGAAUCCAACAAACACCCAAGAAGCAAAAGGUGGUUCUGCGGGUUGGGCUAACGGUGUCUCCAAGAAUGGAGGGAAAGAAUCCCAACCUUACAAUGUUAUUGCUAUUGGAAGUCAAGAUCGAACCAUUACCGUGUGGACUACUGCAAGUGCUCGACCUUUAAUUGUUGCAAAACAUUUUUUUCUACAGAGCGUUGUUGACCUGUCUUGGAGCCCAGAUGGGUAUUCACUGUUUGCAUGCUCUUUAGAUGGGACCGUGGCUACUUUUCACUUUGAGGUCAAAGAACUUGGUCAAAGGUUAAGUGAUGUGGAGCUAGAGGAGCUGAAAAAGAGCCGUUAUGGUGAUGUUAGAGGUCGACAAGCAAAUUUAGCAGAAAGUCCUGCACAGUUGCUGCUUGAAGCAGCUUCCAAAAAGGUUACAGAAAACGCAACAAAUAAUAAUUCAUCCACCAUAAAAUCAUCUUCUGGUUUAGGGAUUGAAUCAAAGGUUCAAUCGUUGCCGGAUCUUGGUAAGAAUAGUGUUGGAGUUAUUGAUAAUGCAUCAAAUAAAGCUGUAGCUCCUUCCAAUAGAUUGUCGAGUCCUGUAAAGCAAAGAGAAUACCGACGACCAGAUGGCCGGAAACGAAUCAUUCCAGAGCCCGUGGGAGCUCCCAUUCAGGGAGAGAACAUAAACGUAUCUGGACCUUCUCAAUCUCAAGCUGUUGACUUUUCUUUGAGGUCUACUGAGAAUGGUGAUUCAGGGUUUCGUGAGGGUCCUCCUACCAAAAGGGUAAUGGUUGGAGGAGAUAUGAGGGAGAGAUCAGGUGUAUCAGCACGGGCCACGGUUAGUGAGAGUUUAGUAAUUGAAAAGGUUGCCGCUUCUGCUGAUAAAGACGGAAAUUUUAAUAUUGAAGCGAUUGGGGGUCCAAACAAUUUGGGUUCUUCGCGUUCUGUUAAACCCCUAUCAAUUAGGGUAUUUGAUAAUAAAGAGGGAGGAGAUACACCACAUGUUUGUUUGGAAGCCUGUCUUAAAGAACAUGCUGCCAAUGACAUUAUUGGGGUUGGGAGUACAUUUCUAAUGAAAGAAACAGAAAUUUCUUGCACGAAAAAUGGUCAAACUCUUUGGUCUGAUCGUAUCUCCGGCAAUGUCACUGUUUUGGCCGGAAAUGCCAAUUUUUGGGCCGUUGGAUGUGAAGAUGGAUCCCUUCAGGUAUACACUAAAUGUGGAAGACGCUCUAUGCCAACGAUGAUGUUGGGGUCAACACCAGUUUUUAUCGACUGUGAUGAUUCUUGGAAAUUAUUGCUUGUUACAAGAAAAGGAGCAACAUACGUGUGGGAUCUUUUCAACCGGAAAUGCAUUCUUCAUGACUCAUUGGCCUCGUUGAUGACUUCUGACCCAAAGUCAACUGGCACAGUAAAAGUCAUAUCUGCAAAGUUAUCCAAGUCUGGAUCACCUCUUGUUACACUCGCCACACGUCACGCAUUCAUGUUCGACAUGAGCCUCAUGUGUUGGCUGCGUGUUGCCGACGAUUGCUUCCCGGCUUCUAAUUUCGCAAGUUCGUUUAGUUUAGGGUUCCCCCAAAAUGGUGAAUUGGCAGCUCUGCAAGUUGACGUGAGGAAAUUUUUGGCUAGAAAACCGGGCUGGAGCAGAGUGACUGAUGACGGAGUGCAGACACGGGCCCACUUGGAAACUCAGUUAGCGUCUGCAUUGUCAUUGAAGUCUCCAAAUGAAUAUCGACAAUGUCUUCUUUCAUAUAUACGGUUUCUGGCAAGAGAAGCUGACGAGUCUCGACUGCGUGAAGUGUGUGAGAAUUUUCUUGGACCUCCGUCCGGGAUGGCUGAAACCGUUGCUUCUGAUGCAACAAAUCCUGCAUGGGAUCCUUGUGUUCUUGGGAUGAAGAAGCAUAAACUCUUAAGGGAAGACAUUCUUCCAGCAAUGGCAUCAAACCGCAAAGUUCAAAGGCUGCUUAAUGAAUUUAUGGAUCUUUUAUCUGAAUACAAGACUACCAACCCAGUUCUGGAAUUGCCCGCUGCCACAAGCAACAUGCCAUCAGCAGAUCAAACCACUAUGGCAUUGGAAUCAACAAAUGAAACUGCCACUGUACUGCCAGUAACAAAUGAGGUUCAAAUGGCCUCUGUCUCCCAACCCAUAGAUGAAGAGCUACCUGGGAACCAUCCACCUACAUCUGAUAAAAUGGAUGUUGAUCCACCAGGAACCAACAAAUCCAACCCAAUCCUAGAUGAAAUGACUUCUUGAACUCCUGUAUCUUCUAAUUUUUUUUAUUUUUUUUUCCUUCCAGAAGCACCAUUGCUUUACAAUCUUUCUUUUUGUUUUAAGGCUUUUAUAAUUGGUGUUUCUGAAUCUUACAUAUAUGGGUCUGUAUUAGUUCAUCCAUUUUUCUUUCAUUGUCAAAGUUAGUUGUUACUUUUGACCCGUGUACCUAUGAAUUAUUCUAUUCCAAUUAUGAAGUCGAGUUCUACA